AUGUCUCUUUUCCAACCUUACACCUCGUAUUCGCCGGUUCACUGUGGCUGCAAGGUGUACAUCCACAACACUUGGAAAUACCUGCCUCAAGUAUCUCUCAACGCCCAUGCAAUAAUUCUUUCUUCUGUAUCUCGAACCACUCUCACACAGACCUUUGUCAACCCCACAGACUUCAUCCUUGAGGAGGUUUCAUACAAGUUCCCUCUUUAUGAUGGCAUUAGUGUCGUUGGCUUCAAAUGCCAAGUCGGUACUCGUUUGCUUCACAGCAAGGUCAAAUCAAAAGAACAGGCAAACACCGAUUACGAAAAUGCGAUCGAGAGAGAAGAGUCUGCUGCUAUCAUGGACCACUCAGAUACACAAGGUGAUAUCUUCACUGUUCGUCUUGGCAAUGUCCCUGCCAAUGAAAAAGUGACUGUAGACAUCACUUUCGUUGGCGAACUAAAGCAGGAUGCACAGAUGGAUGGAAUACGAUAUACUCUGCCAAGCUCGAUUGCCCCUCGAUAUGCCAGCACAUGGAAUUACUCUCAAAAGAAUGCACAGUCCUCUGGAUUUCCCGCGACGCUAAACGGCAUUUCUAUCACCGCUGAUAUUCUCCUUGAAAAGGCGUCUGUGAUUCGAGAGCUCCAUUCUACUAGCCACUCUCCAAAGGUUUCUCUCGGUCGAACCUCAACUACAUCAUCAACCUCUACUUCAUUUGAACCAUCUCAGGCCUCCGCAAGCUUACGCUUACAGAAGGGUAAUCAGCCAUUGCUAGAGCAAGACUUUGUUCUCGUCAUCAAAGCUGAUAAACUUGAUACCCCACGCGCCUUACUCGAAUCACACCCAGAUAUACCCGGUCAGCGAGCCCUGAUGGCUACAUUAGUUCCUAAAUUCAAUCUUCCCAGCAACCAGCCGGAGAUUAUCUUCAUAAUUGAUCGGAGUGGAAGUAUGAAUGACAAGAUCGUGACGCUGCAAGAGGCUCUCAGAGUCUUUCUAAAAUCGCUGCCUCCAGGAAUUUGCUUUAACAUCUGCUCCUUUGGCUCAAGUCAUUCUUUUCUUUGGCCUAGGAGCAAAGUCUAUGACCAGUUCAGUUUGAAGCAGGCACUGGAUUUUGUGAAUACUGUGAAUGCAAAUAUGGGGGGCACUGAAAUGGAGCCUGCAGUAAGGGCUACCGUUCGAUCUCGCUUAGAAAACAAGGAUUUGGAAGUUCUCAUACUUACAGAUGGUCAAAUAUAUGACCAAGAUAGUCUCUUCAACUUUGUUAGAGAAUCAUCGUCCAGCAAAAACACGCGAUUCUUCUCUCUUGGUAUUGGCUCCGCAGUCUCACAUUCGUUGAUUGAAGGUGUUGCUCGCGCUGGUCAAGGCUUUUCUCAAUCAGUGAUUCAAAAUCAGGACCUUGAUCGUUGUGUCGUUAGAAUGCUCAAGGGAGCCCUUACUCCCCAUAUUUACGACUACAAGCUUGAGGUCGACUAUGAGCACACGCUCGUUAGUGACUUCGAAAUUGUAAGCGACACCGAGAAUUUCAUGUCAGAUACAGAGACAGAGGUCCAAAGUCCCCCUCGAGCUACUCCAAAUCCAGCGCAGGUCAUUAAGCUCUAUUCUGAUGACUUUGUCGAGCCUGAUACAAUCCUUGGAAUUGAAGGACCCCAGAAAGGUGUUGAUCUUCCCAAUAUUUCCGCACCGAAGAUCAUUCAAGCUCCGCAUAAAAUACCUCCUCUUUACCCCUUCAUCAGAACGACAGUCUAUCUAUUGUUGGACCCCGAAUCUUCCGACAAAAUUCCACGGUCGCUCACAUUCAGAGCUACUUCCAAACAAGGCUCUCUGUGCUUGCGUAUCCCUAUUACUGAUAUAGGCCAAGGCGAAACAAUUCAUCAACUUGCCUCGCGCAAAGCGGUCGUGGAACUAGAAGAACUGCACGGAUGGCUGAGUGAGUCCAAGGACAAAAGUGGUAAUCCAUUUUCUCAACUUCAUAACCAAACACAAGAGAGAAUCGCUGCUCGUGAAUGUCAGAGUCUGGGCAUCAAGUAUCAGGUUACAGGAAAAUACUGUUCUUUUGUUGCUCUUGAAGGAAAUACCGAAGCAUCCUCGGAAGGCUUGCAGCAUGGUUCCACCGAGGUGAUCUACGUUGAAACAGCAAGGAAGACUAGCAAUAGGCCUGUGGAGACAAAGAAAAAGCGCCGCCGAGUCGCCUCUCGUAUAUUUGCUCCUUGUACCUACAGAUUUUGUUCAAUUACUAAUAACAUGUCUGCAGUUUUAAUGGAUCGUACCAUCUCCUCUCCGGCAAUCUAUUCCCCUCCAGCCAUGCGCGCCGGGCGCGCUUCAUGCGGAAGGAGUGGAAUACAGCAACAGCAAAUGCAGCAACAGCAGUCGCAAGGUCAGGCUGCGUAUAGCGGUUUUGGCGGAGGACUCUUUGGAAACACCCGAGGUCCUGCAUCUCCUUCAAGGGGGCCUACACCUUACAAUGCACGUUCCAAAACCCGUUCUGGGGAUUUUUUCGGUGCCGCGUCUGCUAUUCCCCAAAAUAACACUGGAGCUUAUGCCUCUUCAUGCAUGCCUACUACCGCUCCUCCGCCUCCCAUGGUAUCUUCCGGGUGUCUAUUUGGUAGUGCACCAGCAUCAGGGGCACCGGCAAAUGCAGUCGCCGGGAGCAGAAUAUCCCUGGCAAAAAGGUCUAGCGUUAUCAGGGAUUCCGCCUCGGAAGAGGCUUUUAAAAUGAGCGCUGUCGCCGCAACCCCCAAAUCGAUGGUCCAUGCUUUGAUCAACUUGCAGGAAUUCGAUGGAAGCUGGGUCUGGGAAGAGAAUCUUUUCAAUAUUCUUGGGCGGGCAGUGGAUGACAUACGUACUAAGAUCAUAUGCAUGCUCCAGAAUGAUGGUAUUAGAGAUACAAUGAAUGAACGAGAAGACAACAUUGUCGCUACCUUGAUGGCCAUGGGCUGGUUGAGACAGGAACACCCUGACACAAAGGCGACAUGGGAGCUUGUCUAUGAGAAGGCAGAUGCGUGGGUGCAGCAAGAGAUUGUGCAAGUGCAGAGUGAAAUUAUGAAUGCUUAUGGGACGGAGUUCUGGAUGGAGUUUAUUUGA